AUGUCCAAAGUCAACCCACUUGAUGUCCUCGCCAUCAAGAACGUUAUAUCGCGCUAUUGCGAGUCACUAGAUGCGAAGGACUUUGCGCUUUUGGAUAAGGUCUUCGUCCAGGAUGUUAGCGCAGACUACCCCUUCAACUCGGAUCUGCAGGGCGUCGAAGCAGUUGCAAGAGCCAUUCGUAAUCGUCUGGGCCCAGUCCGAACUCAUCACAACCUUACAACGCAGAGGAUAGUCUUCGACAAAACAGGGAGAACUGCGCACGCAAUCACUUACUUCCAGGGCGCACAUUUUGGGCGAGGCCUGCACGAAGGCAAGCUACUAUGUGCUUACGGCAGGUACAUUGACGAUAUGGUGCUUCAAGAAGCCAGUAAUGGUGACUGCGAGGGUGUCCCGGGUGCAAGUGGCAUCUGGAGAAUCAAGCAGCGCAAAGUAGCUUUCACGCAGAGGAUCGGCGACGAAAAGAUCAUGUCCGAACACUGA